AUGGACAAUCGCGAAGUCGAUGUCUGGGUUCGUGACAUCAACGGUGCGAAAUAUCCUGUCACGAUGCCAAUUUCUUCGAGAUUCGCCGACGUGAUGCAGAAAGUCUAUGAACAACAUCGUCAUUUUCAAGGCAUCUUUGCUGGUUUUCAAGGCGGAAGCAACGAACGUACAACCGUCUCGCAAAUGCUGCCAGUCCCAAGACCUCGAAAUUACGUGGAAGCGGACUACCUUUACGAACAUCCAAUUCAACCGAAGUUUAAGGUUGUGGAAAUGGAUUACCGCAAAUGUAGUCGCACUUCUCGCUCUGGUGGUUGCCAUCGUGAGCUUGAUAUUAUCUACGGCUAG